AUGGAGGAUGAGAAAAUGCAUAUUAUUGCAACCUUUGAUGAUGCCCAUGAAUCAGUUCGAGCUAUUCUUGCCCAAUUCUGGGGAAUUCUACAAUCAGACCCAGAUGUGGGUCAUUUGGGAAUUGAAAUAGUAAGGAGAUCUGUGCGAGCUGGUGAUCAUGACAAAAGAAUAUUACAGAAGGAAGCACAAUGGACCUUUCGAUUACAGACACACAUACAGUACUGUACAGUUCACUGGACACCCAAUAUGGCUCCCAAGAAGCAUAGUGGAAAAAAGAAAGUGCGGAGCAGCAAUGAAGGUGACAAGAACAGAAAUGCAGGUGACAAGAAUGUGCAGCGCAAGCAUGGUGGCAAAAAGAAAGUGCAGAGCAGUAGUAAAGGUGACAGCAAGGUUGUGAAGAAAAUAACCAUUGAGCUGAAGAAGGAAAUUAUAGAAAAGCAUGACCGUGGUAUUCGUGUGACUGAUCUGGCCUCGGAGUACAAGAUGGCAAAGUCAACAAUCUCGACUAUUCUGAAAAACAAAGCCGCCAUCAAAGGAGCUGAUGUUGCAAAAGGAGUGACAAUGUUAACCAAGCAGAGGACGCAAGUUCUGGAAGAGGUGGAAAAACUUUUGUUGGUGUGGUUGAAUGAGAAACAGCUGGCAGGUGAUAGCGUUAGUGAAGCUAUGAUCUGUGAGAAAGCCAGGAAAUUGCACAGUGAUUUACUGCAAAGAAGCCCCUCUACAAGUGCAGCAAGUGACGAAUUUAAAGCCAGUAGGGGGUGGUUUGAAAAAUUCCGCAGGAGAAGUGGCAUCCACAGUGUGAUUAGACAUGGUGAGGCUUCCAGUUCUGACAAGGCUGCAGCAGAAGCCUACAAGUUAGACUUUGCGGAAUUCAUGAAGACAGAAGGAUACGUCCCUCAACAAGUGUUCAACUGUGAUGAAACAGGGCUCUUCUGGAAAAAAAUGCCGAACAGAACCUAUAUCAUGCAGGAGGAAAAGGCACUACCAGGGCACAAGCCCAUGAAGGACAGAUUGACCCUUUUGCUGUGUGCCAACGCAAGUGCCGAUCUAAAAAUUAAACCACUACUGGUGUACCAUUCUCAGACCCCUCGUGCAUUUAGGGAACAAAAUGUGAACAAGGCCAGACUGCCCGUCAUGUGGAGAGCCAAUGCCAAAGCUUGGGUCACAAGGCAAUUGUUUAUGGAAUGGCUGCACGAGGUGUUUGCACCCACCGUCAGAAAAUAUCUUUCUGAUAACCAGCUGCCUGAAAGGUGCCUUCUUCUGAUGGACAAUGCCCCGGCACACCCUCCAGCCUUGGUGGAUGAUAUGGAUGCAGAGUAUGACUUCAUCAAGGUAAAGUUCCUCCCCCCCAACACAACACCACUUCUGCAGCCCAUGGACCAGCAAGUCAUCUGCAACUUCAAGAAGCUGUACACAAAGGCGCUCUUCACUAGGUGUUUUAAUGUCACUGAAGAGACGUCCUUGACUUUGAAAGAAUUCUGGAAGAAUCAUUUCAAUGUUGUCGACUGCAUUAACCUCAUUGACAAAGCCUGGGAAGAGGUCACUCCCCGAACCCUAAAUUCAGCCUGGAGGAAACUGUGGCCAGAAUGUGUCGCUGAACGUGAACAUGACUUUGACGGGUCUGAUGCAGAGGUAGUGCAGGUAAUUGUGUCCAUGGGCAAGAGUAUGGGUCUGGACGUUGAUGGUGCUGAUGUGGAAGAGCUUGUUGAGGAACAUAGGGAGGAGCUGACCACGGAAGAACUUUCUGAACUCCACGGUGAGCAGCAGAGGGCACUUCUUGAGGAGCAUUCCACUGAGGAAGAAGAAGAAAGGGAGGAGGUUAGCAGUGAUGCCAUAAAAUCCAUUAUGCAAAAAUGGAAUGAGUGCCAUGAUUUUUUUGAAAAGCACCACCCCAACAUAACUGUCGUGAACAGAGUGCUAAAUCUCAUGAAUGAUAAUGUGGUCUCUCAUUUUCGGAGGGUUAUGCAGCGCAGGAAGAGACAAGUGACAUUGGACAGAUUUUUCAGACAAACUGAGCCUGCAGCUAGGAGACAAAGGAGAGAGGAAACCCCUGAAGGAGAUCCCCCUGAUGUCCUUAUGGAGGGGGACUCUCCCUCCAAACAAUAA